AUGUCUUAUGGUUCGCGAUGGACAAAUAAAAGAAGUUCGGGAAUAAAAGAUGAUUACGAUGAUGGUCAACUGUCUCCUGUUGAUGAAGAACUUUUAAGCAUAGAAGGGGGCGAAUACUUCCUUCCAAGCGCUGAUAAAGAUAUUGAAAGGUUACAAAUGCAGCAUUUUCUUUUUAGAUACAUCUGGGAUGGAAAUUUUUCAUCUCCGAUCCAUGACAAUUUUAUUGAUGAGUUGGCUACUCAGUAUCCGACAUCAACCUUUAUCGGAAUCGAUGAUGAUGAAGCUCGUUCUCGCAUACAUAUCGAACUACCAAAUGCUGAAUUUAUUCAUCUCAAUGAUAUGUUAGAAGAGUUGCCAUUCCCAG